CUUUUGUGCAGAUGCGAGCUUCUGCUGCACUCGUGCCAGUUGCGAGGCGAAGGAGGAGGAGGAGGCGCGAGGUCGCAGACACGCAACGGGACUCGAGAGGCAGAGACAAGAGACCCGACUGAGAGGAGGACGAGACACGAGGCAGGAGAACGGGGCCCAGCAACGAACAGGGGGCAUCAGGAGACGAGAGAGAGAGAAGCGCUGAAGAGAAAGGGAAGAAGACAUGAGCGCCCCACCUCCUUACGGUUACUCGCAGCCACCCGUGGCGCCAGGAUAUGCUCCGCAGGCCGCAUACCCCCCUCAGUAUGGUCCCCAGUAUCCACCCGUCUCCGCGCAGCCCCUCGGUUACCCAAGUCAAGCGGGCCCUGCGUACGCCCCGGGCCCUCAGCCCACACCGGCCGUGGUGAUCAUGGCCGGAAGCUGCCCUUCCUGCAGGAUGGGCGUGAUGCAAGACGACUUCACGUGCUGCGGGAUCUUCCUCGCCAUCUGCUUCUUUCCCCUGGGCAUCCUGUGCUGCUACGCUCUGCGCCAGAAGCGUUGCGCCAGUUGUGGUCACACCGUGGGCUAGCGGACCGGCCUGGCUGCCCACCUCCCUGUCUAGCCCAGGUCAACCUCUCUGUCUAGCCCAGGUCACCCUCCCUGUUUAGCCCAGGUGUCUCUGCCCCAAACCCCCCCCCCCCCCCCCCCCGAGCCACCUUGCCCUGAAUCAAUACACUCAAGCCACCAUUGUUUGUUGUUGUUGUUGCUGCCCAGUGUUAAGUCAUAGCCAAUUCCAGCCUGAUAUAGCCUAGUGUCUAGUCCGGCAUAUAGCCCAAGUCGGUUUGACAUAACACUUCCCAGCCUGGGUCAAGCUAGUUCAACCGAGUCACUCACCUAAGCCGAGCCCUGCCUAGCUGAGAUUGAAAAAAAAAUGUUGUUUAAUGCAGCCUAUAGCACUUCUUAGCUUGGUUAAAAUUAGUUUAAUCGAGUAUCUAGCCUAGGCCGAGCCCUGUCUAUCCUAGAUUAAACUAGUCUUUAAGCUAGCAUCUAGCCGAGGCUUAACCCUGCCAAGCCGAGGUAAACUAGGUUUUAAGAUGUGUGUAUCUAUGUGUGUGAGCGGGCGUUCGACACUUCACGUGGCGUCAAGGUGCACAUAGCCUGGCACAAGCGUCGUGGUGACGUCACCGCCACUUAGUGGCGAAUGGCGGUUGUUGUUGUGGGAGAAACACUCGGCUAGGCAGGGGUACAGCUGGUUUCAUCUACCGGUCAUCUCAGUCGGCCAACCCACGGCAACUGCUGGGUCUGUCCCGAGACCUCCUGCCAGCAGCGAGCCGUCGACACUUUCGCGUGGCCUCAAGGUGCACCUAGCCUGGCACAGUCGCUGUAGUGACAUUACCGUCACUUAACGCGGUGGCCUAGCGGUUAGCGCGCCGCGCUAUGAGCCUGGCGAUCCGAGUUCGAUUCCCGCUCGCGACCAAUAACCAGUGACUAUUAUCUGUACCGGUCCCCUAGGUCGACUAAGCCACAAAUGAGUACCUGGUGCGGUGUGUAGUAAACAUCGCCGCUGAUGAGUCAAAGGCGGCCAGGCGUGGUGGUGGCCACCCACCCCCUCGCGUGCCAUUCUUGCCUUAGGUGCUCGCUAACAGCACUUGCUCCAACAGUCUGUUCAAGCUAUACGGGGGGAAUCAGUAUCUGUGUGUGCGUGAGAAACACACGGACACACAUGCACGCACACACUUGCACACACGGAUACAUAACGCGAAACGAAUGCCGUGCUAACACCGCGUCGACCAGAGGCGAGGAGGUUGUGACCCCUCUGUGUUGUGGCCUUCGCGACCUGUGGAGGGGCUUGGGGGUCGGGGUGACAGUGGUGCCGAUUGGAGGGGCCACCGUAUCCCCCCCCCCCCCCCAAAAAAAAAAACCACUGCUUUUUAAGUAUUUUAUCUCAGUAACGCAACUUCACACCCACGUUGGAUUGCCUGGGUGUGUCGAGGACGAUAAUGCGAGUACCCCUGCGCGGGGGGAAAGUGAACAGCGGUUGUCCUGUGGUAGAGACCGGCCCCCGUCAUGGGAAUGUGGAUUUUCCUCCCACUGGCUCAGGGCAGUAAACUGGAGGUGAGCGACAGUAGAGCUACCAACCCAAGUUGUCUCGGCCACCAUCUUGCGCGUGUAUUCAUUCCGGAAGAAAUUGCUGAAUGUGUCUCGAAGUGCUUUUUUUUUCCCGUCAUAAAUAAAGUUUUACGUUAAUUGGU